AAUGUGGUGUUUUAAGGAAUGUUGAAUCAUAUUUCGUUGUAUAUACAUGCUCAGAAUGAAACAAAGGAACGUGCAGUCCACUGGGCGAGAACAGUAAUGUCACGUGGCGUCUUAAACUCUCCAUUCACUUUACAGGUAAUGCCUUGGCACUGGUAGGCAGGUGCAUAUCUUUCUUUGUUCCAGCAGAGACACGCAAAUACAUGGCUUGUGAAGACACUACCACCUGAGCACUGCUACUGGAAUUCAACGAAUAAGUAACAUAUAGCCUGUAUACAUUGUAUAUUAACAAUAUAUAUUUUUUAUACUAUAGUGAAUGAAUGUUGAUUUCACUUUGCUUUGGAGAUGGCCACCGGACUAUGUGAAAAGUGUGCACAACUGCUAACGGACUUCGUUGCUUAUGUAAAGAGAUUGCCGUCUGAACUUGUACAGAAGAUAACGGAGUGUAUAAAGAGCCUGUCAAGAUGUAGCUGUCUGCGGAAGAAGAGAGCAACUGUUGCAUCCUAUAUCUCAGAGCAGCACGAGAGACAGGCUGCUCGGACACUACUGAACCACCUGGACACAGUGGAUUAUCCUCUACCCGUUACUCUCCUGGAACCAUACACAGCCCUACUCCUCUCUAAUGACAUGGAGGUUCAGAGGAUCACCACUCUGUCUCUGGUUCAUCUGCUAGUGAAGAACAAAGUGAGUAAGGAGCAGGUGAUUGAGACAGGGAUGCUGAUGCCCCUGCUAGAGAUGCUCCAGUCUGGGGACCCCACUGUCCAGUGUAACUCCUGCCAAUGUAUUGCCUCACUGGCCUCCUCAGACUCAAACCGGGAAGCUAUUGUGUCAGCUGAAGGGGUGAUUCCACUACUGGUUUUAGCCAAGUCUUACGAUCCCCAAGUCCAACAGAAUGCAGUCUGGGCCCUUUUAAACCUCACACAGUCUGAGAGGACGAUGGGGGUGUUAUGUCAAGAAGGAGCCAUUCCUGUACUGGCACUUCUGUUGCAGUCCUCCAACUGUGAGGUCCAGUUCUACAGCUGCUCUGCCCUGAGCAAUAUAGCCACUGUCCCGGGCCAUCAUCCCAAAAUGUUGGGCAUUGGAGACCGUUUUUUGUUGAAGUCUCUGCUGACACUCAUGUCCUCAUCAGUGCAGAAGAAUGCAUCCCAAGCUUGCAGAUGCCUCCAAAUCCUUUCAGGGAAUGUUGUGACCCAGGAGCAGCUGAUGUACCUGAACUGUGUGUUGCCUCUGAAGGCCCUGCUGUGCUCCGUUACUCCCCCUCUGACUGAGUCUGCUAUAGCACUACUGUCUGAGCUAGCCACACACCAACCCAAUAGAGAGGGCCUGGUGAAUGAGGGCCUGGUACAGGUGAUAGGGCAGCUGCUCCUCUGUCACAGAUCCAGCUCCAUCAUCAACCACAGUGUUGUUACCAUCACCAACCUCAGCAGCACCAGCGAGGGACAGCAGGCUGUUAUGGACAGUGAGUGUGUAACGGGACUUCUCAAGGCCCUUGUGUCCGGUGUGACCUCAGAGGAGACCGUUCUGUGUGUCACUUCCUGUUUACAUCACCUGACAAGCUGGGACUUACUUCAGUCUCAUUUGGCCACAAAAAUGACUCCUGAACAUGUUUCAAGUCUGGUGAAGUUCUCUGCACAAAUGGACAAUCUAGAGCUGUCCUAUCGGUCUGCUUCCAUCAUCAGCAAACUAAAGAUGAACGAACAUGUCAUCCAACUACUGACACCACAAUACGCUGCCAUCUCUGAAUAUCUCCUGAUGUACCUCAAGAACCAGGAAGUGCGAUUCCAACAGCUGAGUAUUGUUACUCUAUGCAACCUGAAGAAAGACGGAGAGUUUUCAGUGCUGAUGAGUGGUAGUGUGCUGGAGAAGCAGCUAAAAUGGGUGCAUGCACAGACGGAGCAGACCAGGGAGUUACUGCAGGCGAUUCAGAUGCCUCCAUCCUCCUAACCUGUCCACUGGAGCUCUCUCUGCUUCAGGACACGGACCGACACCUCUCUGCUUCAGGACACGGACCGACACCUCUCUGCUUCAGGACACGGACCGACACCUCUCUGCUUCAGGACACGGACCGACACCUCUCUGCUUCAGGACACGGACCGACACCUCUCUGCUUCAGGACACGGACCGACACCUCUCUGCUUCAGGACACGGACCGACACCUUUCUGCUUCAGGACACGGACCGACACCUCUCUGCUUCAGGACACGGACCGACACCUCUCUGCUUCAGGACACGGACUGAGAUGUGAGAUAUGCAUAUCACUGUUUGAACUGACUUGCCAUUACCUUUGAACCUGACAAUGAUUACUGUGUCGUGAUGAUAUUUUUAAUGAUGUUAAGGCGUUUUAUUUUCUGAGUGAUCACACUGUUGUGUUCUAAGCAUUUACAUCCAUAUUGCACUUGUGAACGGGGGGAAAAGAGGUCUUAUUUUCAUUUUUAUACAGAUUCAAUGCUUUUACAGUUCACAAACCAUUAUUUAAUGCUGCGUUCAGGUGCUAGUCGGAACUAGGAAACUUUACAUUUCAGACUUCCUAACUGGUGGUAGUUAUACAUGUGCCGCUUUCAACCAGUUAGCAAGUCGAACAUUUCAGAGUUUCCUAGCACGUGAACGCGGCAUUUAUACAGCAAGUAUUCAGACCCAUUGACUUUUUCCCAUUUUGUCACGUUACAGUCUUAUGUUAAAAUGGAUAAAAAAAUAUAUAUUAUCCUCAUCAAUCUACACACAAUAGCCCAUAAU